UUGUAACGUUCGGUCGCAAAGUCGUCGGAGUAGGAUCGAUCGCGCAGCCACAAAAAAGUAGUUAAUCCAAACGAAUAUGGCUAGUUGUAGCUGCGGUUCGCGAGUUUUGUGCGUUUAAAUAUGUUUAAUUUUUAUGUGUUUCUAUUGGAUAACGGUUGCAGUGACUGGCGAUAACGUAAUCGCGUGUUGAAAUAAAAGAUUCUACCUGGAAUAAGUGAUUAUUUUGACGUAGCGCAAUGACGGAAAAAGUUCGUUACCUGCUGCGGCAGUUGUAGCCUUUGAGAAGCUCUCAGUGCUGAAGGAAGAUUUGCCUGCCUGGGAUUGUGUGUGCGGUGCGCGGAAGGUCUUCGGGAAGAGAAUCGGAAAACGGAAAAGAAGGGCAGAGGGUCCUAACCUCGAUUUUAAGUACGGGAUGGUCCUUUUUCCUCGUGUGUGUUUACAGGAGGGCUUGUAAGUGUGUUAGUGUUACCGGGAUCGUAAGAUCCGUCGCUCGAUGCUAAGUUUUUUUCUUCGUGGAAUCCUUGAGGAAUGUGUAAUAAUCGCCGUAUUUUGAUAAGAAUAUUAUGGUCAAUAAUUUCGUGAUUUUUGGAAGCAGCAAUAUCAUAUUAUGAAAGAAUCAGUGAACGGUGACAAGAAGCUGCCCGUCGAAAGUCACCACCGUAGACAGUUGGACACUUGCAACGGAUCUGCUGACCGAGUGGACCAUAAGAGUUGGUCAAUUGAACAGAAGGCGACAGAGGUGGUUGUUAAAACUGAAACAAUUUCCUCGACCAAAGCGGGAUUGCCAUUGCAUUCCAUCGAGAAUAGGGACUCGACAGCAAAGAUGGAUCACUCCGCCAGUGACAAAAGCAAGUGUGAAGCCAUGUCGAUAUCGCCACCACCUACGCGGGAACAAGUGCGCGUCUGUCUGGUCGGUGCGGUUGCCCACGACAAAGCCACCCUGGCCGCGGCCCAGUCGUUAAAAUUACCGUUCGUCCUGUCGGAAACGGGAGCCGAAUACCUGACCGAUACCAGCAUCGUCACAUACUUUGUCCUAAAUCAUUUCGAUGGUCCAGUGUACGAAACGAUCUACCGUUGCAAGCAUAGAAUCCUUGGUCCACCGGCUCUGCAGCAGGCUGCACGAAGCGGUGAAGGAAUCCCACACAACAACCGUCCAAUCUACAACUAUUGCAUGCGGGGCGUCAUUACGUGUUUCACCGGGAUUCGCAAGAAGGACGAGCUGACCCGGCUCGUAGACCUCAUUCACUCGAUGGGAGGAUCAAUCCGAAAGGACAUGAACACCAAGGUGACUCACCUUAUUUGCAAUACAACCGGAGGUGAAAAAUAUCAAUAUGCAAUGACCUUCCGACUGGCGGUGGUCCGCCCGAGCUGGGUCGUGCAAGCGUGGCAGAACCGGAACGAUUCGAACUUUGUCGCCAACGUGGAAGAGUUCACCAAAAGCCAUCGCUUGAAAGCAUUCGAGGGGCAAAAGAUUUGCUUCUUCGGUUUUCCGCCGGAGGAGCACCAGCACAUGGUCGAUGUGUUGAAAAUGAACGGAGGCAUUCCAGCGGAUCUGGAGGAUCCGGAGUGUUCGCAUGUGGUCAUGUCCAAUACGGGUGAGCAUUUCGCCGACGCUUUGCUACCGAAUGCAGCCUCCCCGAAAGAUAAGACCAGCUCAUCGUCAACAUCGUCGUCGUCUCCGGCAUCACCAGGUGGAGGAGAUAGCAAUUUGAACGAGCCAAAUACUCCCCGCAUGGAGGGAAAAUUGGUUGAGAAGCAGGAAGCAUUCAUUAGGCGACUAAAUGAGUGUCAAGUAGACGACGACGGGGCAGAGGAAGGUGUUGGCAUGUUGAAUCCUUUGCCGGCAUUAACGGAGGAGAGCGAAACCAGUGCUAGUGGCAGCCGAGUGGAUCAUAUGAGUAUAGCUGAGAAUGAAAACAAUUUGAACAAAGGUUGCGAACAGCACAAUCAGUUGGACGUUUCUCCGAUAAGAUUCAUUGAUGAAAAUGCUGAAAGUUCAGUUCCCAGAAAUUCGAGUUCGACACCGGAGAGCUCGGAAAAGAUGGAUGGUGUCGUGCUGAUUUCCGGAGAGGAGAAUGAAUUCCUCAAUCCGAAUAAUAUUUCACCGAUUUUGAAGGUGAACAGAGCCAUUGAUGAAUCGCUGAAGAAGAUAGUCGAGGAAGAUGAAGACGACGAGGACGAUGUAGACGAUUACAUCAUUGCCAACAAAGAUGCUCUGAAGCGAAAGCGUCAGGAAGAUAGUUUCGAUGAUAUUUCGAUCAUAUCCACUGACUCAUUUGCAACGAGUGUAGUAUACGGAUCGGCCAAAAAGCCGAAACUGCUCCGGACGGGAUCUAUUACGAGAGGCCUUCGUAGAAGUAUGAGCUUUGCUGCAAUCAAGACACCAAUCGCCUCCAUGCUUCGCUCCCGAAGAAACUCAGUUGAUCCGAAUUCUUCCAUCAGCUCCAUGGCUUCCAUCGAAACCACUUUCAAUGAAUCGAUCAAAAAACCGGUCAAGGAAAAGUUGCGCAGCAUUCGGGAUAAGAUCACCAAAAGUAGCAAGAAAGAAACCCCGAAAUCAAUCAAAAAUAAAGGUUUGAUCACAUCUGCCAAUUUAGACAGCUUGAAGAAGGUCUGCACAUUCAAAACGGACAAGAGUGUCGUCAGCACUCCGGAACAUUCGAAGCAUCCGGACAAGACCGAGGUGGAUUUCAAAACACCGAUCGCUCCCCCUCCGUAUCCCAGUAGCUCUUCCUCGUCAAAAGUAAAAAAGAAGAACAUCUUCUACCGACACUCGAUGAUUGUCAGCGGUUCGAGCGGCCUAACAUUGUCAGACGCACAGCCGUCGGUAACGCCAAUUCUCCCCUUCAGUGAACCGAAAGAUGACGAAUUGGCCAAGAUGCUGCCAAUAAUAAUCACGACCGAUCUGAAUGAAACUGUCACAACAACAGUUGAAGCGGGUGGUCAAGAUUUGGAUGCCACCACGAUCCUAGGAGCAGCAGCAGCAACCACUACGGUUGUCGAUGAGCACGUAGUAACUUCCAAACCUGAACCGAAAAAUACGAAAACGCAUAUCGUGAAAGCGGAUUGGUUCUGGUACACGAUACAGAAUGGUUACGCCGACGAGGGCUACUACCUUUUUGGAGAUUAUCUCGAUAGUAUAGCAAAUACACCGGGAGCAGAUAGGAGGGAUUCGCUUCCGAUUAGCUUCAACAAGCGUAAACGAAAACGCCUAUCGCAUCGGACACCGGCCGGCGAAGGAACACCCCUAGGUACGGGCAAACGUCGAUCUUCAGUGUCGGAUGCCGGACUGCUGUCCGUAUCCGGCAGUUUCCUCGAUUGCACAACCAGUCCGGACAAACAUGAAGGCAGCAAAAAGAACGUCAUUGCCGAAGCGGUUGACGUUUCCAUUGAUCAACCGAUCAAGAGUCAAUCGAUGCGGCAUAAUCACUUUAUGGACUUCUUCCACACUGAAUCGAACUACGUGGGGAUUUUGGAUACGAUCGUUAAUCUCUUCAAGGUGCCCCUGGAGGAUAUGGCGGAGAAGGAUCCGGAGAACGCACUGCUCAACAAAUCGGAGCUUAAGUCGAUCUUUAGCAAUUUCCUACCGAUUCACGACGUCCACAAGCGGAUGCUGAAUCAGCUGAAGGAGAUCCACAACAAAUGGGCCGAGGAGCAUCUAAUCGGACAGAUCAUCCUCGACUAUCGGGAUGAUCUGAUCAAGGCCUAUCCACCGUACGUGAACUUUUUCGAACACAUGAAAGAAACACUGCUACAGUGCGAUGCAGGAAACCCGCGGUUUCAUGCGUUCCUCAAGAUCAACCAGGCCAAACCGGAGUGUGGCCGCCAGACGUUGCAGGACUUGAUGAUUCGGCCUGUGCAACGGUUACCAAGUAUUAGUUUGCUGCUUAAUGACAUUUUGAAACAUACCGCAAAGAACAACCCAGAUAACAGGAAGUUGGACGAAGCCCUGAAAGCAAUCAAAGAAGUGAUGACCCACAUCAACGAAGACAAGCGUAAAACCGAAGGUCAACUUGCGAUGUUCGAUAUCUUCAACGACAUUGAUAACUGUCCGCCCCAUCUAGUAUCGUCCCAUCGGCACUUUGUGUCGCGGUGUGAAGUCACCGAGCUGACCGAUAGCCUCAGUGGUCGGGGAGACUCGUUGAUGCUGUUUCUGUUUAGCGACACGCUGGAAGUGUGCAAGAAACGAUCACGAGCAUUCAACAACACCAAAUCACCCAGUACAAAUGGUCUCAACUCGACCCGUUGUCAAACGACGAAACCGUACAAGCACGUCAAACUGAUGCCACUGAGCUCGAUCCGGUUGGUGGUUAACAUCCAGGACAGCCCGCGAGCGUUCGCGUUAAACUGCAGGGCAAACGCCGAUAACAAGGACCGGCUGCAUUCGUUCAGUAUCUGCGACGAGGAGAAGGAUAAAAUUAUCUACCUGAAGAGCUUGUGCAAGCAGCUGGCGGAGAACGCGUGCAAAGCGGACGCGGAAAAAUUUAUGCUCAACUGCGAGUCGGAGGAGUUGGGUAUCGAUGUCAGCGACAUCAAUGUGGGAACGCUGUCGAAAGCGUUCAAGUUUGCCACCAGGACGAGGCUGAGGGUUGGCCGUGCUUUCUCCUUCAACAAGACCCCGUCGAAGCUGAAACGUGCCGUCUCAACGAUGAUGACAUCCCCCUUUGGCAGUACCCAAUCGCUGACCCCGGCCUCCCAGUUGGCGCAGAUGAAACUGGCAAGCUGUACGAACAUAAACGAAGUCGGUGAAGAGUCGUCCGAGACGGAUUCAAAGGCGUCCUCAUCACCGUCGUCGGCGUCGGAAAUCCUGCUGGCACCGAUGUCCGUCCAACCAACCCGCAAAAACAAGAAUCCACCGAUGUCGAUAGCGGCGCUACGGCGUCUCUGAAAAAAGAAAGAAAGAAGAAAACAAAUCAAACCAAGCAGAUGCGACGAAAGCAAUCCUCAUACUGUGCUCAUUAUGGGUAGCAUGUUGCCGUUCCGGUUUCGUCUUUUGUAUGUUGUGAUUUUAUUUUACGAUUUUUCCAACCCUGGUCAUCCGUCGAUUUCGGUACACAAGAAGCAGAAAGGUAGUAAGAUGCAGAGAAAGAGAGACAGACAGUGAAAUAUAUAGAAAAUAUUGUGCCAACAUCACACAAUCACGGAAAUGUCCUCGAUUUUUUGUUGUGUGGGCUCCAGAAAGGAAGCUUUUGUUUCACCUUUUUUCCUUGGAGAUAGGGAAUGAAAAGAGGUUGUUGUUUUAUGCUUCUUGGGCUGGGCGAGAAUGCUACUAGAAACGUGUAUAAAGACAAAGAGUGCAGCUUCCCUGAGCAUGGGGAUUUGCGAGAUAAUCAGCGAGGAAAGCUUCGGAGAAAAAUAUGUUGUAAAUAUUUUGUCCCCCAUUGGAUUUUUGAGCGAGUGAGAGAAGAGCGCAGCUGUGUAAUAGCAUAAGGUGAAUAGAAUUGCUUCUCCUCUUUUAUCUGCUAGGUAUAAGACCCUCUGUCCUUAGUUACGUAUUAUCUGUAUGUGUACGUCGGUCGUGUGUUAAGCCAGGUGAUUAUAAUAAUAGUUAGGUUUUGUGCACCAGCAGAAUCAAAAGAGAAAACAAGACAAAAAGACAAUAGGAGAAAACGCGUCCUUUCGCGAUCUGAGAUUUUGAAGUAUCAAGAGACUAGACGUAAAAAUUUAAUGGCAUUAAAUUCGAGAUAGCAUACAUACAUGAUAGGUACUGUCAGGUUGUUUGAGUUUGUGCUGGAAUGCUUUUGAUGUAGACCAUUUAUAAAAAAUAUUGUGAACGAGUGAACUGAGCGAUAAUAUAGCAAGAUGAAGGGAUACUUUUAUCCUUUUAUGUAA